CAGCCCAAAUCACCCCUCUUUCCUUCCCCUCACUCGGCUUCUCUCUUUAGGAGAAGGCCUGAAAGAAGACAAUGGUGGCCUGUGGAAAAUGAAGAAAACGACUGUGUUAUGCAUCUUCCAUGGCUACCCAUUGUGCUUGCAAUGCCUUUUCUUUUUCACCAUCAAGGGAACUCUUCAGCGCCAAUUUCGUCUCAAAAUCAUCCAAUAGAAGUAGACCUUUUCUUUUAUCCACCAUAACCAAAGCUUCCGCGUCCUACAACACCCUCGUUUCUGAGGCUGUUAGGCUGUUGGGUCCUCCAGCAAGAUUUGAAGCUUCAAAACUGAAGGUUGUUCUAUUGGAAGAUCACAUAAAUAAAUGUGCAAGUAUUAUUCCAAGAACCUACAUCCUAUCUCAUUGUGACUUUACAGCUAAUUUGACUUUAACUGUAUCCAAUGUGAUCAACCUUGAUCAGUUGAGAGGGUGGUACAAGAAGGAUGAUGUUGUAGCUGAGUGGAAGAAAGUGAAAAAUGAAAUGUGCCUUCAUAUUCAUUGCUUUGUCUGUGGUCCCAAUCCCUUUCUGGAUGUAGCUGCUGAAUUCAGAUAUCACAUAUUCUCCAAGGAAAUGCCUUUGGUGCUGAAAGCAAUUCGACAUGGAGAUUCUGUGCUUUUCAGUGAGCAUCCUGAAUUGCUGGGCUCUAUAGUCCGAGUGUAUUUUCAUUCUAGUUCUAAAAAGUACAACAGGAUGGAAUGUUGGGGAGCACUCAAGGAUGCUAUGGAGGUAAAAAUUACUAGAGGAAUCUGUCAUUACCUCAACCAGCCACCAUAAUUUUUCAGGGUUAACUAGUUCGGUGAUAAUGGUCAUGCUGUGUCUUCAGGGAAAACAAGGGGAUCACUUGCAAGGUUUGAUGAGGAGAGAUCGUGGGCGAAGCCCAAAGUCAAUCUUCCAAGCUCUUUUUGCUUUCCUUCUUUGAGUUCGAAGGUUAUUCAUAAUGUGGAUUUCAUUUUUCCCCGUAAUUCUUCCAACAGCUCAAUUCAGCUUCGCAAGAAUGAAUCAAAUCUUUGGGACGACUCGAAAAGGGAAAUGUAAAGUUGCACAAAGAUCACGUUUAUGAUUGAGUCAUUCAUUUCCUGCACACUUUAACAAUUGUCUUCAUUUGGAAAUAUCAACACACUGUUCUUGUACAAUAGAGGCCAUUUGAUCAUCAUAUCAUUACAGCAACUAUUCCUGUCU